AUGUCCAUGGAACUCCUGCUGCUGGGCCUACUGCUAUUUGCAGCUUGUGGAACUAGUUGCACUCUAGUAGAAUCUCAACCGGUUGUUUCUGCGGACGGAAAUUCUAUCGAGGGCUACACCACACGACCUUCAAUUAAAAAACACGCUCCAUUACCUCGGCGCUCAUGCUCACAAAAGAGCAUGCAGGUGAACACAGCCGGCAUGCUGGCUCAGAUACCUAGUGUAGAUCCCAAAGUCGCGUGUUGGGCUACUCCUUUCUGUAACUCGAUGCUUACAGAUUUCGCAUACUGCUACAACAUGACGGGAAGUAUGAAGGAUCCCAACGCCGAUGACGGACGGAGCGAGAUAUACCAACGCUGUCUUUGCAACGGCAGAGGGGAUACGUACAAAGACAUCAUUUCGAGCGACGGAAAAGUCGAGAAAGACAAUGUGAUGCAGUGCUAUGAGUGUCUGGAGCAAGCUGGCGUCGAUGUUGAAGAUAUCAAUCAACCUAGCAGACAGCUUGAAUGGAAGAUCCAUGACUUCUGCAACACAGCAACUCCAAACCUCUACGACCUUCUCUUCUCAUUCCUAGUCUGGCUCGGGUCAACGAAUGUACCGGUCGACCACGACAAUGGAUUGGGAAGGGUAUCAGCCAUCUUGACGCUUUCCAGCCGCUUCAGGAGCACAAGUGGAAUGAACCAGGCUACUGGAAUAGUCAGCCUGCCUACAAGUGUGCCAGGGGGGUGGUCGCCAAGUACUCGUACAUCUGGAGACGCAAUACCAACGCAGUAUCUACAGCAGUUACCAAAGAACUGGCCUUACACAGCUUAUGGUGUAGCGAGAAAGGCUGAUCAAACUACCUCUUUCCCCUUGACGGAUCCCAGUUCGACGGGUGUAACGACGGCGUGGCUCUACUACAAAAUAGCUUGGAAUCCGCGACCACUAUUCACUCCGGCAAUAGCGAGGAACGGCAUUCAUACCCAUCACGCCUCUGAUAACGGCACCGACGUCCUUCAUCGUAGGGCAGCAGAGAAGACAAGGGCUCACAAUGGAUGA